CCAGAUAAACGCCAUUCAGGCGAUGUAAGAUGCGCACUAUGGAGCUGUAGUACACAGAAAAGAGCAGGGGUGUUUCUCAGUGAGAACUCCCCACUGUCGGCUAAGCAGUCCCCACGCCUCCCAUGUUGAGUGAUUGUCUUGUUUCCACUCACAUCUGAUAGCUCUUCAGGCACGGGACAGCAUGACUAGUGGAUUCACGGACGGGACACCUGAAGAGGAAUACGCACACUCGCCGUUCAUCAGGAAACAGGGGAACAUUUACAAACCCAAUAAUAAAGAAAUGGAUAACGACAGCGUCAACGAAAAGGCACUUCACGAUGUCCACACCAAGGAGAUUGACCUGGUCAACCGGGACCCAAAUCAUAUAAAUGACAACGUGGUCAAGGUUGAAUUUGAGGAUGUGAUUGCUGAGCCCCCUGGCACGUACAGUUUUGAUGGCGUGUGGAAAGCCAGCUUCACCACCUUCACAGUAACCAAGUACUGGUGCUACAGGCUUCUGACGGCCCUGGUGGGCAUCCCGCUCGCCCUCGUAUGGGGCAUCUUCUUUGCAAUCCUCUCCUUCAUCCACAUCUGGGCGGUGGUGCCCUGUGUGAAGAGCUACCUAAUUGAGAUCCACUGUGUCAGUCGAGUCUACUCCAUCUGUGUGCACACGUUCUGCGACCCGCUGUUCGAGGCCAUCGGAAAGUGCUUCAGCAGUGUUCGGAUCACCACCACCAAGGCGGUGUAAAGAUACAGAGAGGAAAAGAGCCAGAGGGAAUGGGUGGGAUGGGGGAAUGGAAACCAAUGUCCAACACAGGGAGAUAAUGUUUAAUGAAAAUAAAGCCUCUAUAAUAAAAAGAGGGCAAAACAAAAGUGAACAGAGAUGGGAUUAUCAGGAGAUGCACUGUAUUAAGGUGACUAUAAGAAACAAUAAUCCUCUCUGUCUCUGUUCAACAAGUACAUAAUCUCCUCACAAUUUUGGAUUCCAAUGGGACAUCUGUUAAUAAUUCAAAAAAUUAUUUGAAAUUUGUUAGCCUGUCUCAUUUUAGGAACACAGUUUCUGCCUUACUUGUGUUGAGUCUGUUGUUUUAUUGUCCCCUUUCAUUCAUUCUUGUAACAACGUAAUGUUGCGUUGUUUAAAAAACUAAUAGCUUUGCUAUCUUCGGUCUUCUUUCAGUAUUCCGUUUGGUAGAUGUGUACUAGCACCCUUAAAGGAAUAGUUCACCCAAAAAUGAAAAUGAUGAUAAAUAACUCACCCUCAGGCCAUCCAAGAUGUAUAUGACCUUCUUUCUUCAUCAGAACUGGAUUUAAGAUUUUUAGGAGAGUAACCCAGGUUUUUAGCCUCAUCUAAUGCACACCAAUAUUUGGCGGUCCAAAAAGCAUAUUUAGGCAGCAUUAAAGUAAUUCACACGACUCCAGUCGAUUAAGUAAUGUCUUCUGAAGUUAAUCAAUACGCUUGUGUGAAAAACAAAUCGCUAAAAUGUUUUUAACUUUAAAUAGGCACCUCCGCCAUCUCUCUGUAGCUGUGAAGUACGUUCCUCUGUGGUAAACAGAGCAGACAUUACUUAAUCAACUGGAGUCAAAUAUCUUUGAUGCUGCCUAAAUAUGCUUAUUGGACCAUAAAAAAUUGGUGGCCAUUCACUUGCAUCGGAUGAGGCUAAAAACCUGGGAUACUCCUAAAAAUCUUGAAUCCAGUUCUGUUUGAAGAAAGGUUAUAUACAUCUUGGAUGGCCUGAGGGUGAUUAAAUUAUCAGCAAAUAAAAUAUUUUUGGUGAACUAUUCCUUGAAGGCCAGAAUUUGGUUUUCCACAUGCCAAUACAUCUCACGCACAUUGCGUAUGACAUAAACAUCAGCAGCACAGUACUCAUGUAUUGUCCACGUGCAGCAUCGUUUUGCAAGACAUGCAGUCUUUGCCCGUCGCCGGUGCAUGUGCCUGCCAAUGACUGUGCGACAAGAGUGUUGAAUUCCCCUGUAAUGGGCUCACAGUCAAAUUAGUUUACUUUUAAAGGCUGAGCACUAGACAGUGCACAAGAUGAAGCGGCACCAUGUCCUAACCAGGCGCAACAACUUUCGAGCAAACAAUUUGUCUGUCCACACUGAAUGUGAAAUAGCUGCAAGAUACAACACAGCCAGUUGAUAUUUGAUAUUCAAUGCCUUGUUAUGUGUGGUAGGAUUUUGAAACAGUGAGAUUUCAUGGUGGGCGGGGCUACCCUGUACAAUAAGGCUGGUUAAAAAUAUUGAUUUUCCAAUUAAUCUUCAUUUGAACAAUCUCGAUAUUGAUUCUUAAAAAUCCUUUCUUAAAAAUGUUUACUUUAACUAUUAAAGUUUACUUCAGUUUUGGUUGUGUUAUUAUUAAAUCUGUUAAAUAAUCGCAAUUUAACUGCAUUGCUUGGGCCCUUUUGUUAAAUGUAAACAUUUAUAUUUUCAUAAUGUACCAAGUUAAAAGGUUUUCCUGUUUAAUUUACAGCAAUAGCAGAUAAUUAAUUAUUUCAUAUGUAAGCAGGUUGUUAUAAUAGUUAUUAUAAAAAUAGAUAUUAUACUGUAAAUGAAAUAUACUGGAAUAAACCUGAAUUGAAUCAAAUAGUAUCGUAAUUGACUCGAGAGCUUGUGAAUCGGAAUCAAAUCAAAUCGGGAAAUUUCUAUCAAUUCCCAGCCCUACUGUACAAUCCAAGUAAUCAACAAAAUGGCCUUUUGCCAUUCUGGCUGAUUAUUACAAAACUUCAGAUUUAAAUAGAAGAGACUGAUUUUAAUGCCUGGUUUUAAAACCGUGCCUGGUUUGGACAUGGUGUUAUUUGCCAUCAUCACUGGGGUUUGUAUAAUCCAAGUUUAAUGUUUGAUUGUUUGUUUGUUUUUGGUG